AUGACAUUGAUUGAGUUGUCUGACUUAGAGAUCCAGCAACUCAAAGAGCAGAACCAUCGGAGAAUAAAGAGAGUUGUGACUGCCGUGGCCAUCACCUUGAUGUUGAUUUCUUUUAUUUUGGUGGCCUUAUCACUCUCGUUGGGGCCAAAAAUCGAUCAGUUAGGUGGGUUUGUUACUGUAUUUGUAUGCCAAGUCAAUCAAACUGAAUGUUUGAAUACCCGUUCGUAUCUUCAUCUCACCAUGGUUGUAAUAACAUAUAUAUGUUUUCCUUUUAGUCAGCGAAUCACUCGAGGCCAAAUUGUCAUCAAAAGAUUUAUUUCUGGGCCCGAAGCGAAAUGAAUCCUCACUCCGAUAG